AUGGAUGCCAUCAUUUGGAAUGUGAGGUCUGUUAACACUCAGCAGGCUUUUGAAAGAUUGAUUACAAUGCAUAGACAACACCACUUUGAAUUCAUAUGGAUUUUAGAGCCUAUGCAGCAAGCAGGAAAACUUGAGAGGUAUAGAAGAAGAAUUGGUCUGGCACAGGCAGUGGUUAAUAUCUCAAACAAAAUCUGGGCUCUCAUAGAUGAGAGAGAAUUGAAUUAUGGGAUUCUCUAUGCUAUGGCUAGUGAUAUGACAGUCCCUUGGCUUGUUGGGGGUGAUUUUAAUGUGAUUUGGGAUGAAGAGGAGAAGUUUGGUGGUCUACCUGUACACAUCAAUGAAGUUGAUGAUUUCAGGCACUGUAUUAACACCUGCCACCUGACAGACUUGGGUUUUAAAGGAAGUAUCUACACCUGGUGGAAUGGAAGAUCAGAGGAGAAUUGCAUUUUUAAAAGGUUAGACAGAUGUUUAGGUAAUAUGGAGCUGCAGCAAACUUUCCCUGGUUUAGAGGUGACUUACUUAUCAAAAACAGGUUCUGAUCAUUGCCUAAUGCUGUUAAAAUGUGACAUUGAAUCCUCUCCCAUUAAGAAAUCUUUCAGAUUUCUUAAUUUCUGGACAAAACAUGAUUCAUUCUUGGAAGUAGUGAAGGAGAACUGGUCUGCAGAUUUUAGUGCUAAUCCAUUUGUACUCUUCAACUACAAGUUGAAAAAACUCAAAAAAGCACUAUCAGUUUGGAGUAGAGCUACAUAUGGUGACUUAUUCCAGAAGAUUGCAAGUUUAGAGGAGGUAGUAUUGGUUCAUGAAAGACAAUUUGAAGUCAACCCUACUCAGAUGAACAGACAAAGACUGCAUAAAGUUCAAGCUGAAAUGAUCAAGUAUCUUUCUUUGGAGGAGGAAUUUUGGAGGUAG